CAUGUUUUUGUAAAUUUUAAAAUUAUAAAAAGUUAUUUCAGUCAUGCUUUGACAUUUUUUCAUUGUACUGAUCGAUAACUGAACAUUUCAUUAAAAUGAUGGAAAUAGAGUCUACAUCAUCAUCUGUAUCCACAGAAAUCUCAGAAAAAGCAAGAUUGGGUGAAUGCGAAGUUUGUGGCUUCCACCAAGCCAAAUACACUUGCCCCCGAUGUGAAGUUAAAACAUGCUCACUAAAAUGUAACAAAAUACACAAACUUGAGGUGGAAUGUGAUGGACAGAGGGACAGAACUAAGUUUAUUCCUAUUAAUAAGUUUACAAACAUGGAUCUCUCUAGUGACUAUAGAUUGUUGGAGGAAAUCACAAGGAGUUUGGAGGCCUCAAAGAAAAAGUACAAAAGAAGUAAUAAAAUGCCCAAUUUUAUACCUCCUCACCUUCUCAAAUUAAGAUAUGCAGCCAACUCGAAACAUAUUUUACUAAAAUACCUGCCAAACGAAUUUGGCCGUCAUCGCAAAAACACGACAAGGCUGGAUUUUAAAACCAAAAAAAUUCACUGGCAUGUUGACUGGGUAUUUGUCAAUGCAGAUAAUUUGAAAAUAUCGGAAACAGUACCAGAAGAUCAAAAGCUUAGUUUAGUACUUCAGAAGUACCUUGUCAAGCAAGACGAUGAAGCUUUACAGGAGAAACUACAGUAUUAUCAGGCAGUUGAUUUGCCUGGAAUUCACUUGUAUUUAAAAGCUGAACAAAAGGCGGGGAAAAAGUUCUACGAAUUGGACGCGUCGGAUACAUUGACGGAAUGUUUGAGGAGGAAAUUGGUUAUUGAAUAUCCUACUAUUCAUGUGGUUUUGAAGGGUCAUGAAAGUCUUUACAAUGUGAUUGAUACUGAUGAUGAAAAUGAACAAAUGGAGACAGAUGAGAUAAAAAGUGGGAAAGAAGUUGUUGAUCGAAUUAUUAACAAUGCAGAGGAUGAAGACAGUCUUUACAGGUCUCUUAAAAAUUUGCUGUUUGUUUCAGAAUAUUCUGAUGAUGAACUUUCAAAUGGUGAAUGAAGUAUUAAGUUAGUAUUUGUUGAUUCUUCUUUUUUAAUUUUGUUAUUGAGAAUAUAUUUUUGUUUGGGAAGCA